UUCUUCUUCUUCUUCUUCUCUCUCCGACCCUCUCGUUCACCGGCGACGGCGGCGCUACGACGGCCGGCGGGCUCCCGUACUCCGCUUCCUCCUCCUCCUCCUCAGUGCGCUGGUGAAAUUGAUAAGAGGCUGUUGGAACUUGGAAGCUGUAUAGUUCAGGUCGUCAUGGCUCAUCAAAAGCGUGAAGCAACCAGCGACAACGGCGGUGGCGAUGAAGAGUGGGCAUCAAAACGCCCCAAAGUUGUCGGCGCUGCUGCUGAAAAGGAGCACAUUCUGACAUCUGACGCUUCGCAUGAAACGAAUGGCGAUGAAGCUCAAGGAGGAGAUGCCUCUCGAAAGGAAAACACGGUGUCGACAAACCCGUGUGUUUCAGAUGAGAAAGCAGCAACCAACUCGAAUGUUUCAAGUGGCCAUGGGGUGAUUUUGACUAGUGUGGAAGCUGAUGCUGCAGAAGACAAGGGUUGCAGGCAUACUAUGGAAGAUGCAUGGGUGCUGCUUCCUGAUGCUAGCAUGGAAUCUCCGGGAAACCUGAGGUGCGCUCAUUUCGCAAUAUAUGAUGGACAUGGUGGUCGCCUGGCUGCAGAGUAUGCACAGAAACAUUUGCAUCAGAAUGUUAUUGCAGCAGGAUUACCACGUGAGUUGAUGGAUGUUAAAGCUGCAAAGAAGGCCAUCAUUGAAGGUUUUCGUAGAACUGAUGAGUGCUUACUGCAAGAAAGUACUAAAGGAAACUGGCAAGAUGGUGCAACAGCUGUCUGUGUCUGGGUCCUGGGGCAGACGGUGGUUGUUGCAAAUGCUGGAGAUGCUAAAGCUGUAUUAGCUCGUUCCACAUCAGCUGAUGGUGAAGGUGCAGUGGAUGAUGCCAAAAGUCAACUGAAGGCUAUUGUUUUGACCAGAGAACAUAAAGCAAUCUUUCCACAAGAACGUGCUCGAAUCCAAAAGGCUGGAGGAUCUGUUGGCCCUAAUGGCAGAUUACAAGGUCGCAUUGAAGUAUCUAGAGCUUUGGGUGAUCGUCAGUUUAAGAAGGUUGGGCUGAUUGCUACACCAGACGUCCACUCCUUUGAAGUAACGAGAAAAGAUCAUUUUAUUAUUCUUGGGUGUGAUGGCUUAUGGGGAGUAUUUGGACCAGGUGAUGCUGUUGAAUUUGUGCAGAAUCAAUUGAAGGAGACCUCGUCAGCGACUCUGGCAGUGCGGCGGCUCGUGAAGGAAGCUGUUCGUGAGAGGCGUUGCAAGGACAACUGCACUGCCGUGCUGAUCGUCUUCAAGCACUAGAAUUCUUUUCACCCACUGCGACCGUUUUCGUUUUUUCACCAAGCUGAACUGGGGAAACGAAUCAUCUGACAACGAACAAUAUCUAGUUCUAUUGUUACCUUAUCCUGCACUGCGACGUUCUGGCCGUGUCUGUAUUGUGAUCGAGACCCUUGUGCACUGCUGUAGCCGUGUAUGUAUUGUGAUCGAGACCUUUGUGCACUGCUGUAGCUUAUGCGGUUAUGCCACCUCUGGAAUGAAUGAAAUAUUGGAGCCCCUCCACUCCAAAAUAUAGCUUUAUAGUACGAGAUUAGAUACAACCUAACAACGGAUUUGAAUAGGUUCUUUGUUCAGAUUCGUUGCACUAUGGUAUGACUAAUCCAGUAAAUUAGGUUGCUAUAUUUUGAGAUUUUUGAGAUGGAGGGAGUAUUUUUCUAGAUAUUGGAGUAAUUCCUGGUACUACUAGAUUUUUAUAAAGUUGCUGUAUUCCCAAGGAUCA